GGCACAACAGUAAGCUCGACCGUGGGGCGGGCUCGGCCGCUUCUUGUUAAAUGUAUGGCACUGUUUCCUCGGGAUAGUUCGGUACAGAAGCCUCGCCCUAGUUCCCCGUUUAAUGACGAAUGAGACUGCGCUGUGUAUUUCGUUGCACUUUCACGCGGACACAACUUAAUGGAGAUACGUCGAAGUAAUCCUUCCCAGGAGGAAAGUAUGCGUCGCCGAGAUUCAAGACAAGACUAAGCGGAUUGCACAGAAGAUUCAAGGUAUUAAUCAUGACAACAAGAUCAAAGGAGAAAGUGGUAGCUGCCUUUCGUAAAUUGUUUCGCUCUUCUGAGAAAAUCGACGAACCAAAUGGAGCAAGUAGUUCAACAAGUUCACCAUCCCGAAGGCUGUUAAGUCGUCAUCAUCGACCUGAUGCAGUUACUCCAUCCGAUGGAUCGCUGCAGGAUAAUCCUAGUAGCAGUCAUAAUGGUAGCUGCUUCUUUAAAACAAAGAAAUCCACUGAGAACUGUUCGAAAGCAAUUACAAAUAUGCCUGAAAAAGGCUUGCGUUUACGAAGAUUAAUGAAGGAACUUAGUGAGAUUCAAAGAAUACAGAAUCGACAGGAAUCCACUUUUACCGUGGAAUUAGUUAAUGACAAUUUAUAUGAGUGGCAUGUACGAUUACACAAGAUCGACCCUGAGAGUAAACUAGCAGAAGAUAUGAAAGAGUUCAACAUACCUCAUAUACUUUUGCAUCUAGUUUUCCCUGAAGAUUUCCCAUUCUCACCACCUUUCAUGAGAGUAAUUUCACCACGAAUUGAAAAAGGCUUUGUGAUGGAAGGAGGUGCAAUAUGUAUGGAAUUACUAACUCCGAGAGGUUGGGCAAGUGCAUACACGGUCGAAGCAGUCAUUACACAAUUUGCUGCUAGUAUCGUUAAGGGGCAGGGAAGGAUUACAAGGAAACCAAAGACGAACAAGGAAUUCAAUAGACGAUUGGCUGAGGAGUCUUUCAGAAGUUUGGUAAAGACUCAUGAGAAAUAUGGUUGGGUGACUCCGCCGCUGUCCGAGGGUUGAAAAUAGUCGCAAUAGAUAAGUUUUUGCAAGAUGAACUACCUUCGAUUAUAAUGUCUCACCAAAUUUUCGUAAACAAUAGAUAAUUCUUUAUAACUAAAUGCAGGAGUAGUAUGUAUUUAAUUACAACACAUUGGAAGCCAAUUCUUUAAUCAUUGCCAAUACGUUUGUACUUAUCAGAUUUAUAUCCUUAUCAAAUGAUUACAUUUCAAUAAUUAUAUAAAAUAUUACAUGUUCCUUCUGUGAUUAAUAUGUAAGGCACUAGUAUUUUAUUUUAAUUUGUUGUGUUCAUAAGUCAUUAAAUAUUUCAACAGCUCAAAUACAAACGAAAAUCAAUAGUUAUAUGUCCUUGAUAAAUGCAGUUCCUUAAUGGAAUACGGAUUGCUUGUAAAAACAAUGGUCAUAUGCUAGAUAACAAUGUUUGAUUUGUCACAUGUAUCAAGUAUACAGUUCCACAUAUUAUUUCACUAUAAUUUUGGUGAAUUAAAAAAUACCGACUUCUUUAUGUUAACAUAAAUAAGUGAAUAUGUAAUAUAGUUAAUAAGAAUUACCUGGGUUUAUUAUCUUAGUAACUGGGUUCGUUAGGAAAAAGGUUUUAAAUUCUUGUUUUGGAAUCAAAAUGUUACAAAAACAUAUAUCUUCAUACUUGUAAAAAUGUUUCUUAUUAAUAUAAGGUAAAGUUUUCAAGAUAUAGUGAUGCAGUUAGUUUCAGUAAAAUAUAGUUUAUUAGAUACAAUACGUAGUAUUAUAAAUUACGUGCCAAAUAAAUAUUAAUUAAUAUCCCAGUUGCAUUUGUGGAUACAAAUUGAGCUACAUUAAAAUUGUAUAUACGUCGUGUA